AUACACGCCACUCGUAUGCAUGGACCUUCACGUGUAUCCCAGCCACAGGGCACUCGUGUGCGCAGUACGCUUCGUCAAAACCCUGAUCGAGCCCAGGCUUCUUGGAUCCCGAUUUCCAUCUUUGCCGCUGGUGAAAUUGUUCCCAGCCGCCGUCCGAAAUCCCACAAAAAACCGUCAUAUGUUCGGAUGACGAAAAGACGAGGCCGUCGGCUCGCCGCCGAGCCGGGCCAGGACCGGGCCGAACCGGCAGCCCCAGUAGCGAGAACCAGCGAUGCCGCCACUCACACCCGCAUCUCCUACUUCUUCUUCUUCCUAUUCCUCCUCAUCCCCAUCGUAUCCAUCGCUGUAUACCGCCUCAAAUACCCUCCAACUCAUACACAUACGGUCCUCUCAGUACUCGAAAGGGGCCUCGUCAAACCGAAUAUCGGUUUUCAAGAAAUAAUCGCUGAAAAUUCGAAGGCUUCGGAAAAUACGUCUUUUCGGCACUUUCCGCAUCCGGUGUUGGCAUACGUCACUCCAUGGAAUUCCAAAGGUUAUGAGAUGUCAAAGAGAUUCACUCCCAAGAUUACACAUUUGUCGCCUGUCUGGUAUAACCUAAAGAGUGAUGGGUCCCAGUUAUUACUGGAGGGACGGCAUAAUGCCGAUACUGGAUGGAUUUCUGAGCUUAGAAGGAAUGGGAAUUCUUUGGUGUUACCCAGAGUUGUGCUGGAAGCCCUUCCCAAUCAACUGCUUAGAAAGAAGAAGCAGUGGAAGAAGGCAAUUGAUCUCAUAACAACAGAGUGCAAGGAAAUUGGAUAUGAUGGUAUCGUGCUAGAAUCCUGGUCGAGGUGGGCAGGUUAUGGCGUCUUGCAUGACCCAGAUAUGCGCAGCAUGGCACUGCAGUUCAUCAAACAACUAGGACAGGACUUGCAUUCAGUGCGUUCGGAGAGGAAUUCCAACCUCCCUUUACAGUUGGUUUUUGUUAUCGCUCCACCAAGUUCAGAAAAUCUUGAAAAGCAUGAUUUUGGCCUGGAAGAUUUUCAAAGCUUGAGAGAUGAUGUGGAUGGUUUCUCUCUCAUGACUUACGACUUCUCGGGCCCUCAGAGACCUGGGCCAAAUGCUCCUUUGAACUGGAUUAGGUCCUCCCUUCAGCUGAUUCUUGGUAACACUGAUGAUGGUGCUCGGAACCAUGCACUCAAGAUCUUCCUUGGUAUCAAUUUCUAUGGGAAUGAUUUCGUGCUUUCUGGAGGUUCAGGUGGUGGAGCUAUCACUGGCAAGGAGUACCUGUCUUUGUUGAAGAAGCACAAGCCUGUGUUGCAAUGGAAGGAGGACAUUGCUGAGCACUUCUUUCUGUAUUCUGAGGAUCACAUCAGGCAUGCCGUUUUCUAUCCAUCAUUGCUGUCGAUUUACAUGCGGCUGGCAGAAGCUCGAAAGUGGGGUGUUAGUCUUUCAAUUUGGGAAAUCGGGCAAGGUUUGGAUUAUUUUUUCGAUCUUCUCUGAUUUCACCCUUAUCAUCUCCUACGUUGGACAAUGUAACAUGAUUUUUUUAAAAAAUCUAAUUAUAGUUUCACUUCUUGCGGUUAAAAGGUCUACAAUAGCUUUCACGGAUGAUCAUUGUUAUGGCCAUCUUAUAUUUGACAAA